GCAAUAUCGUUCUCUGUGACUUGAUAUUGAAGAUUUUCUUUUCAAUAACACACGUCACACGAAAGUAGAAUUGACCUCUUAUCUGUUUCUACCACAUAUUAUAUUACAAGCGACUGAACAUAUCAAUCGCUGGUUUAACAGUAGGCAACGCUGAAGGGAGACGCUUGUUUGCACGAAUCAAAAACAGCGAGGAACUAAACCUGGUUUGUAAACACGCAACAGAGACACAGCUUGUAAAAACAAGGUUUAUUCAGAGGAACCUCUUUAUUAUAACUUUUGUAAGGAAUGGAUUGAGGUAAGUAAGUUAAGAAAACAUUGGCACCAAACAAUUAUCAAUCAACGGACACUCGACCGACCUAGCUACAGGAAAUAAUUUCAAAGACAGUUUUCUCGUAAAUAUCAUCCACAAAAAAUACUUAUGGUGAAUCUUUUCGGAGGAGAAACCCUCUAUAGUGGUUGUGUGUUCGGAUCGACUCAACCAAAACACCCUGGCAUUCUUUUCAGGCGUUAAGUGGGGUUUUCGAGUCAAUGCUAUCGAUGUCUGAAAGCAACAUCUAAGAUAUGUUUUCACUCUUUUUAACUUUGUGGUUUUAACCAUUCGGGAAUGCCUUUCCAACGUGAAAGAUUUUUUACUGAUUUAAUCGCUUUAGCAGUCAUCAGAACCUAUUUCUGGAUACGUCACGACGAAUUGUUUGUGAAAGAUAAUGAUACAAUAUACUGAACGUUGUAGUAAAACCAUUCAAGGUUUGGUCAGAACCGCAGAGUCUUGUAAUGAUAUGAAUGUAUACAAAAGUUUUCCCGCAAUUAAUAUUCCUGUUUAGGUAUAGUUUACUUUGUGAAAGGGGUUAUCUUUGACAAAGAAGCUGAAAUGAAAUGCGUGAUUUAGAUGUCGUUUAGCAAACUUUGUCUCAUAGUACGUGAUAACGAAUAUCCCUUACUUAAAGCGUCGGGCGUGAGGAAGCUAGCGAGACAUGUCCAUAUUGUUAUUUUUUGUUUUCAUUUAAUAUUCUUGUUUUAAAAAAUGAAAGAUAUUCGUAUUCAGCCGUAAAUGAAAGCUUCUUGCCACACGGAGAGCUGAAUAUCAACCGUUUUGGCCUUUGAAAGAGAAAGAUCUAUUUUUAUCUGAAACGCUGGACGGCGGAACAAAGAAUAUUCGAUAGGAGAUUAAGGGGAAGAGGGGGAGGGUUAGGAAACGAUCUCCUCACGAUUUCUCGGAAUUUUUAUAUAUCAGUAUACAUCUUUAAGUAUCCCCAGUAAAUGUUCCAGUGUAGCAACUGAAAAAUACUAUUUACUUUAAAUUUGUGGAACCAAAGCUCCUCCCCCAUCCCCGUCCGGCUGCGCCAUAGCUGCCAAAUCAAACGCUAUUGUUUUCAGAGAUAACCCCAUCUAGCGAAAUAAUCUCAGAGGAUUUGGGGCACAUGAUAUGUAAACAUCAACGCUGUCAAAACAGUCAACGAAGCAAAAAAAAAAAAAAUUACCGUAACUGAGACGUAUCUUUGAUCAAUUCUCAAUCAGUACCCAAGAUUUAAAAUUGGUGAACUUUAUUCCUCUCUUUGUUGUUGGAGAUACCCAAUAUGCAUGUUUUUGUGUCAUAUAUGUAGCCAUCGCGUGAUAGUCAUUAGUUAAUGAGAUUCUAAUUUAUUUUUGUCUCACAUCAGUAAAUCUGUGAUUGUCUCACCGAUAGGAAUAAAAGCUACAGUGAAAGACGCCUCACGGAAAAUAGAAAGGAAAUUCGAACGGAAACUUGAACUGUAAAAUGUCGGAAUUUUUCAGCUGUAAUGACAGCACAGGACGUUACGUCUUCAAUAUCGUGUUUUUCUCGCUCAUUGGCGCUGCGAUCAUCGUACUUCUCGUACUGGGUGCUUACUUGCUCUUUAAACGACACAAGAAAGCUCAAAAGAGAAGAUUGCUUUCAAGAAGUCGUGUAAACACCAUGAACACAAAUAGCACAAUUUUAUCAGGGGCCAGUGGAGGCGGCGGAAGCAGUCAACUUACGAGUAAUUUUAUCCUGGGCCGGCCACCUGCCACUGAUGUAAUUCUGGGUGUUUACGGUGACGAAAUCUCCAAAAAUGCCAGGGCUGCAUUUUAUGAAGAGAAAGGCUGGCGAGGAUUUGCUUACUGAAGAUUCAUCGAGUGUGUCUAAGGCGCACGUUCAUGACAAGAGUCCAGGUUAAUUUUAAUCGAGAGAUUUUCCCGUUUUGGUUGGUACCUGAGUUGCGUUUUAAACAGCUAGUGAAUUAGCAUUUAUGGGCCGAUUAACACACUUUGAAAGUGAAACAAUACGGCUCAAAAUCGCUCUAAUGACUUAAUGGUCGUUAACAUUCUUUCUUGGCCAGAACGGCUCAAAGAAGUUUUGAGAGAUUCUUGAAAGUUGAAAAGCGGUCUCAGCGACACCUUACACGUAAUUGUCCAUGGAUAUGAACAUAUUUUAGAAAAGAAAAGCGCCUUUUGUACUAAGGUGCUUAUAUCUCAUUUUCACGUGACAUAAGAAUAGCUGGUUUUUGUCUCCGAUCGACUCCCCGGUCAAAAUGUCACGAGAAGAACACAUGCCUUUUCGCUGAAGGAAGUAAAAUAGUUCUUAUGAGGAAAUGAAAUCUCGUUGUAUGAGAUACUUUCUAUUGUAGAAAAAUUUUAACCUUCUCUGAAUUGUAUCAAACCAAUUAAGAAGGAUUUCACUUGAGUUUAGCUAUUAAGAGUUAGCUGAGAGUGGAAUUAGUACACUUUAAAACUGGUCUAAUUAUUUUGAAAAGUCUGGCUGUUUGAUAGCCUCAGCAUGUUAAAUAUAUUAAUUGCUCCGGUCUGAUCACUACUUCACGGCAUUCCAUGCCUUUUUU